UUCCGUAACGUGGUUCCUAGAGGACGUCCUCUGCUGGCGUCAUUUGCGCGCCGCCUAGCUUCCCAUGCACUCUCCUUCUCCCGAAAGCCUGCGGAUAGAUGUUUCGAUUUCAGUCCCUGGAUGAAGACUGUAUGCUGGAGGAGGAAGAUGAUGGAUUGAUAGAAGACGAAGAUGAAAUCGAUCAAUUCAACGAUGACACUUUUGGAGCCGGGGCCAUCGAUGACGACUGGCAGGAGGAACACAAGCGCCUCGCCGAGCUCGAUGAACGGGACGAGUUAGGGGCGGGGCUGGGGUUCGGAGGAGGGGGGAUGGGCGGGGACUCGGACUUGAGCACAAGCGAGCGCCCCUCCUCCACCCGAAUCCCUUCUUCUGUAGUCCAUCCCCCUCCACCAUCAUCCCUCGCUUCCCUCAGCUUCUCCUCUUCCUCGUCUAGACUGCCGCCGUCAGAUGUGGAGGAUCGAGUCGGGGAGGGGGAUUUGGCCGAGUCUCUGGCCAGGCUGAUCCUGGACGCCGACCCGGCCAUCGCUGGAGUCGGGGCAGCCGAGAGACCCGGUCUGCCCCCCGGCUCUUCAGGAUCCGGCCUCUCUGCUCUGCGGGGGCUGGACCAGCCCAGAGUCCUGCCGCAGCCCUCCCCCAUCCUGCCUCCCACCCAGCCACACCAGCAUCCCCAGCACCAGCUGCCUCCCGGGCUCCCUGCGUCAGGUGAGAAUGAGUCGACCGCUUCUCUAGAAGAUCUAAGAUUCACUGAGCUCAGUUAUUUUUAUAGAUGUCACCAAGAUUUUAAGUGUGCGUGCGUGUGUGUGUGUGCUCUGACUGUGGAUCUGUUGUCACAUGACUGUUGGUCACAGUUGAUUCGUAGCGUCUGUCGUUUGGAUAAUCCACUCAUGUCGAUAAUCAAAGAGGUGGGCCAUCCCAAACGAGCUCCUCAGGGCAGGAACGAUGAGGAUCUGUCAGAGAGGGCUCCUCCUCCACGCUCUUCUUCCCCGGUGAUUGGCUCCCCUCCGGUGAGGGCGGUGCCAAUCGGGACUCCACCCAAACAGCCGAUGAGCCACGCGCUGAAUCACCAGAUCCACCAUCCCACAGCGGUCCACGUGAGAGCCCCGGUCCAGCACAGAUACCCCGCCCCUUUCCCCGAGCGUCUGUCACCCAACACCCUCCUCAACAUUGCAAACUCUCCUCUGUGCCGCGGCCCGUUCCCCCCCAGAGUCGGUCCUGUGCUGUCGCAGAUUCAACGCGCCCAGCUGCUCAACUCUCAGACGCUGCUAACAGCCUGUCGGCACAGCUGGCAGUCGGUGUUACAGUGGAUCAGUGUCCCUGUGAAACGAGCUUCAAAUUGUCCUGAAUCCACUUUAUCCUCCAAAGCCAGCAGGCAGAUAGAAAAAUGUGACACAGCAGCUGUUUGGUUCUGUUUGGUUUUGAAUCCUGAAGUGUUUUAUCAGGUUUCAGCUCCCGUUGAUCUUUUUGUUUCUGUUUUCUUGAAGGAGAAACGAGAGAAGCAGGUUUGGAAUAAGAGGCGACAAAUCCUCUACACAGUGGAGAAGAUGUACAGUUUGCUGCUGGAGGUUCAGGACUUCGAGAAGUGCUUCGUCCAGGCGCCGGAGGAGGACCGCGAGGCUCUGCUGGAGCAGCACAAGAGCAACACGGAGCAGCUCUGCAGCUCGCUGCGGGAGAAAGAGUGGGACGACAGAGUGAGUGACGAGCAGUGUGUGAUGAUCAUGUCGGUGAGGAAGGGCAAGCGGCUCAUCUCCCGGCUCCUCCCCUUCCUGCCCUCGACGCAGGCUGCUGCUGUUGUCAUGGCAAUUGCCCGCAACCUUCCCGCUUUAGCCAAGAAGGACAAACAGGACCAGGUGCUGUGCUGGUUGGUGGAGCCGGUUUCUGCAGUGAUCCAGUCGUUAUCGAGCGCCUCCCUCACAGAUCUGCUCCAGGAGCUCCAAGGCAGCGAGGGCCAGCUGGCCACAGUGCUGCACAACAAGGUACGCGCCCCACAGCCCGGACCAAUCACAGAGCGCGCGCGUCACUCCAGGUCACCCAUAGCAACAGAAGGAAAUGCCGUUUGUGCCACUUCCUGUUUCCAAAGUUUCUGAACUAACGAGCAAACUCCAGAUUUCAGCUGCUGCACCUGAGCGCUCGUUUCAUUGAU